AUGCCUGUGUUUCUCGGCACGGUUCAUGGGGCUGGUGAGAUCCGCCAUAUGCUGAUCAUGGCAUGGGGUGGCGAGAACCUAGAAAAGAUGGAGAUGCCGCCGGACUUGGAGAGACAGAUUCGGAGGUCUAGGAAAGAGAUAUAUGCGCACGGUAUUGUGCAUGAUGAUAUGCGCUGGCCUAAUUUAUCACGGAAUGUCGAGUUGCAAACAAGAACGCAGGACCAAAUAAAAGGUCCUCUGGUGAUCUGCGGGAGCUAUUGCUGA